AUGAUUCAGUGUCUCGCGUGCGAGGAUUGGUUCCACGAAUCUUGCUGUAACCUCCGAGAAAGACCGAGUUCGAGAGAACCUACCCCGGUCGCAGAAGCCCCGCCCAACCAGGAGGGGGAAUUGUCCGCGACUGCUGAAGGUGAUGAUGCGGACGCAGACUCCGAGGCAUCGUUCGGAUUGCCCCCACCUCUGGUAUCCGCAUCAGAUUAUGAGAGCUUCAUCUGCGGCGCUUGCGUUCGGAAGAUACCCAUACUCGUGAAGUAUGCGGGAACCCCGGGUGCCAUCAUGGUGGUUCGGGAUACGACCGAUUCGCCUUGGGUACGCAUCGGCGAUCAUGUUCAGGGUGGACGAGAAGAAGCCGUCGUAGUGGAUGAUGUCGGGCCUAGCAAUGCAGGGCAUAAACGUAGGCUAAGUCCAUCAGAUGCAACAGCAGGCACUCGAGAGCCCAAGAGAACCAAAGUGCCUUCAACUCCCGACUCAACUGAAUCAAAUCCGUGCAUCGCUCCACAGCCCAACCCACUUGCUUCUACGAUCUACGAACAGGACCUGACUUCCAGCGAUGGUGGCAAGUUGGGAACGGGGGAUAUAUUUUUAACCGACGGCUUUAGAGAGCGUUGGUGCCGAUGCGACAAUUGUCGAAUUUCUCUGGAAAAUCAUCGGUAUUUGGUAGAGGAAGAAGAGACUUACGAGCCACCGGAAGAUCCCGACUCAGGGUUAUCCUUGGAAGAGCUCGGAAUGCGUGCGUUGGCGCGACUUCCUCGCGACAGAGCUCUAGAUGGUAUCCAGGCGUUCAAUAAAAUGAGGGAUGGGCUUAAAUCAUUCUUGCAGCCGUUCGCGGAAGAAGGCAAGGUUGUGAACGAGGCUGAUGUUCGAGAUUUCUUUACCUCCUUCAUGGAAGCGGCAAAGCAAGGCAGCCAGGGCUCUCAAUCGUAUAGCUACCAGUACGACGUUUCCGGUCUGAUAAGGUUUGGCCCAAGUCAGCGUUUCGACAGUCUGGCGGACCUUCGAGAGCGAGCCCUUCAAUCCGGCGAGGUAAAACUCAACCUCGAUUACCCCAUCUUGAACAGCGUAACUCCGCCUACACCUCGCAAAAUUAUCAGACGGACCUUUUCUUCUAUUCACUGGAUUCGGGACUUGUGCAGGCUCAUGCUCUCGCUCGCAUCAAGCACUUGUUGCCCUCUACCUCGGUGA